AUGACGCUCAGCCUUUGUACACUCCUCAUCUUCCUUGCUUCCACAGCUUUCGCUCAGACACCCAACCCAACAUCAUCUACUUCUAUACCCCCCGUAUCCCUUUACUCUACUAACCCUACCGCUGUACCAUUGUCCUCUAUCACCAGUGGUGUCCCUAGUCAGUCUACUAUACCCCUCUCCCCAUCACCCACUCCAGGCGCAACCCCACCUGUCAAAGGCGCACCUCCCUUGCCUUCUUUCGUAUUCAGCCCCUCGCUUGGAUACCCUCCUCUUGAUCUAGUCCCCAGUGUCAAUUCAUCACAAGUUCAACAAUGGAUUCAAGACGUGAAAAACUCUGGCGUCAAGAUUCCCAAUCUCUCACCCACCCUGCUUGGUGGAUGCGCAACUAAUCCUACCCUCAUCACUAAUACCUCCCGUUGCUGGUGGACGUGUGGAGGAUGCACUCGCUCAACUGAUAUCGUUACUUGUCCCGAUAAGCUCACCUGGGGUCUGAGCUACGAUGACGGUCCAUCUCCCUGGUCACCGGACUUGCUGGACUACCUUAAUACCAACAAUCUGCACACUACCUACUUCAUCAUAGGCUCCCGCGCAAUCUCUCGUCCAGAUAUCCUGCAAGCCGAGUACAUGAGCGGUCAUCAGAUUUCAGUUCAUACAUGGUCCCAUCCAUACAUGACUACAUUAUCGAAUGAGCAAAUCAUUGCUGAACUCGGAUGGGCAAAAAAAGCUAUCAAGGAUAUAACAGGUGUGACCCCUAAUACGUGGAGGCCCCCGUUCGGUGAUGUCGACGAUCGUGUCCGGGCUCUUGCUCAGGCGAUGGGCCUUACCACUAUCGUCUGGUCAGCUUACAACGGGAAAGACUUCGACAGUAACGACUGGUUCAUCCCUGCCGGGUACCCCGUCGCCCAAGUCAUCGAUAACUUUGAAAACAUCUUGUCAGACGCGCAGAACCUGAGUACCGGUUUUAUCGCCUUAGAGCAUGACUUGUACCAGCAAACUGUAGACCUUGCCAUCGGCUACAUCUUACCGUACGUACGAGAACUUUUGAUUGCUAAUUUUGCCUUUUGGACAAACCGACGUACAUCACUAACUCGCUUCAAAUUUACUCGGGAUGAUUCCAGUGAUGCACUCGCACGCAAGACGUUUAACCUAAAAAGCAUCAUCUCAUGCCUUCACAAGCCUUUAGAGGAUGCCUAUAUCGAGACGAACAAUAACACGACGAACCCGACAUCCGACGGAGCAACGACUCUCCCUGCGAGUACAUCAUCCGGAACCACGGUUGCGGGUAAGGGCUCGUCGAGCACUCCCGCCGGCCAUGGUGGCGCCGGAUUUGUGGGGGCAACGGUGGACAUGAGUGGAGUUGUCGGUCUUUGUGUCAUUUUGCUGGCGGUGAUGUUUGGAGGUGUGAUGGUAUUUUGA